GGCAAAACAGUUGCUGCUCCGAAGGCGCAAAGUGCAGUCCGGCCGCGAUUUGAAUUUGGAAAUUAGAAAAAAUGGCAUCGAUCGGUAAAAUCGGAUUCCUCGGAGGGGGAAACAUGGCAAAGGCCCUGGCCAAGGGCUUCCUCUCGGCAGGGCUGGCCAAGCCGAGCGGAAUGAUUGCCAGUGUGCAUCCCGAGGACAAGAUCUCGCUGCAGGGCUUCGAGGCCCUGGGCGUUGAGACGGUGGUGAAGAAUGCCCCCGUUGUGGAGCAGGCCGCGGUGGUCUUCGUGUCCGUCAAGCCGCAGGUGGUGCCCGCUGUGCUGAAGGAAAUCAAGCCGCUCAGCUCCGGCAAGCUGUUCCUCUCCGUGGCCAUGGGCAUCACCCUGCAGACCAUCGAGUCCAGCCUGUCGCCCGAGUCGCGUGUCAUCCGCGUGAUGCCCAACAUUCCGGCUGUGGUUCGCUCCGGCUGUUCGGUCUACGUGCGCGGCAGCCGGGCCAGCGAUGCCGAUGCCCAGAUCACGCAGCGCCUCCUCGAGUCGGUGGGCACCUGCGAGGCGGUGGCCGAGUCCCAGCUGGACACGGUCACGGCGCUGAGCGGCAGCGGGCCCGCCUAUGUGUUUGUGAUGAUCGAGGCCCUGGCCGACGGCGCCGUUCACAUGGGCAUGCCCCGGGACCUCGCCUAUCGACUGGCCGCGCAAACGGUGCUGGGUGCCGGGCACAUGGUGCGGGACAGCGGCAUGCAUCCUGGCCAGCUGAAGGACAGCGUAACCAGUCCGGGUGGCUCAACGGCAGCCGCCCUCAGGCAGCUCGAGCUGUCAGGUUUCCGAGCAGCGGUCGCGGGUGCCGUGGAGCAGGCGACGCUGCGCUGCAGACAGAUCUCCGGCCAGCAGACGUAGACGAGACAUUCGAUCUGUUUACAUAUUAUUUAUAGGCUAACAUAAUUCGCAUGAUUCUGUACAAAAAUGGAAAGUCGCGAGCGGCUUUCGUGAUAUAAAGAACAAACUUUGCUCCUA